CUCUGUCUCUCUGCCUCUCUCUCUCUCGGCUUCAGAGAACGAAGGGGGGACGAUUGGAUAGGCGAGAAUGGGUGCGCAAAGGCCAUCUGAGGAGGCGGUGAUGUCUCCAGCUUUAGCGAUGGCGGGAGCAGCUCCAGUGAUGGCGGCGUCGUCGACGACUCGUUCAGGAUCGGCGGGCGUGGCCAUGACGGAGCCGAUGUCAUCGAUGGGUCCGCGGCCUGCGAAUCGGAUGGGAAUGAACACACCAUUGCAGGAGUCCUUGUAUCUGCCUAGUGCGCCUCCGGAGCCCGAGGUUGUAGAAGAGCCCAAGGGCAUGAUGGCCUUUACAGGGCUGUCCAAUGUGAUGGCAGGUUUUCAGCGGAACUGCUUUCCAUCGUUUCCGAUGGAUGACGUUCGUCAAGAGAUCGAAGCUUUGUCUCAAUCGACUGUGAACAGGAUCGUCAGUCCAAUGACCGCAAGCGAAUCGCUGAACACGGGGAGGACGGAGGGCUACUCUGCAGGACAGAACUCGUCGAACAGAGGAGGCCCUGUUAUCAAAAUGACCGCGCUCGGUAGGCGGGGUAACCUAGGGGAUCUGUACGACCUGCGCACCGACACGUUCGUCGGGGAUGGGGGAAGAAGUGGUCGCCUCUCGAGCACGGACAGCCUCCGCCAAGCGCGGAAAGUUUGCCGAUCGGUGCGCAUCUCACGCGUUGCGGAUGACUCCUUGGCCACGAGGUUUCGAACCCUUGACGUCAAAUCUCAGCUCAAGCUCAGCGUUCUCUCAGGGCUUGUCAAUCUGGAGGGACCGGGGAGGUAUCUCGCGCAAGGGCUAGGAGGAGAUGGGGAUGGCGGCGGAAUGACGGGGGGGUGUUUCGCCGGCGGCGGCGGCGGCGGCGGCGGAACGGCGAAAGCCACAAUCGUCUGCCAAGUGCUAGCAAGCGAACACUACCUGGAGAUGCCCUCCUCCUCCUCCUCCUCCUCCUCCUCUCUCUCCCAACAGAUUGCAGACGAGAUCAACCAUCUAACGGCUGCUGGAAGCUGGAACGGACGGGCGCGGCCAUCGCACUUUGUCAGUGGGAUGGUGAGAGGGGCCACCGUCGUAGCGGUCAUAACCGGCCUGGGGAAGGAUGACGGAUCGAGGCCGGCGGCGGAGCUGCAGACUUGGCUUGAUCAACGCGUGGCGGCGCUUGAGGCCUCUCUGACUCACGGUGCUCCCGGUGGCACCGGUGGGACUGGUGGGACUAGCACUCCGCCGAGCAACGAUGUGGAUGGCCUCGGGAGAGGGCUGCCCUUUCCGCACCCGGAAGGUCAUCCUCAUUGCAAUUACGGUGUUGGCGGGGCGUUUCCACCCCCCCAACCGCACCAGGAUGCUGGCGGGAUAGGUAUGACUAGCAUGCCGCCGGCUGGGAGCAAUGAUGAUCCUUACCUCGGCGCAGGACCGCCCCCUCCGACUGUGAAAGGGCAGCAUCAUUUUAAUCAAGGUUAUUAUGGCGGCGCGUAUCACGACCUUGGACGUCACAAUCAUACUAAUUAUGCAUAUGGCGGCUAUGGCGGCAGCGGGUACGGCGGCGGCGGAGGGCGCAGUGGUCCGACUGGUGGGGGUGUAAGACCCCCUCCUCAUGACGAUCGGGAUGAGAGGGAUUUCACCGUCCGGAUCUUUACAGACCUGGCAUGGCGACCGGAAGCAGGGGAGAGUCCUAGAACCAUCUCCUAUCUUGAGGACCUGCUGCAGCAGUGCGCCGCAGAGAUUCAUGGAGGGAAUCAAGGGCAAGCAGCUCCCGUCGUCUUCUACUUGUCUCCUCUUGCGGACCACCUGCGCCCUCCGUCGCACGAAUGUCCACCUCCCUCUCCUCUGCCCGUGACGUGGCCGUCUCUUGAGGGGCUGUCGGACCUUCUCCACCCCACCGAGGAGUCCAUUGCGCAGGUAGAGAGGGUCUUUCAGGGACUGCUCGACCUUGGAGAGCGCUUCGACCGUCUUCUCGGACAGAUGCAUGCCUCCAGCAAGUCUUUUGGCGAGCUCGUUGUCACCAUGGCUCAGAUCGGUGAGGUGCGCGCGACGAAGAUAGUACUAGCUCACAAGGUCCAGCAACUGAGGGAAAGAUUCGCGCAGCUGACCUUCAGCAUCCGAGCUGCCGGGGGCCAGCAGGACUCGACUACUCUUCUGGAGUUGGUCGAUUGGUUUUGGCGUUGCUUCGGGUCAAAAGAUCAACUGGCGUUCCUUGAGAGAGAGUCGGCUCAAGUAAAGGAGAGGGAGGUUUUCCUGCAGGAUUUGCACCGGAGCGGCAUCGAGUUCAUCCGCAGAGAAAAUGAACCCCAGCAUCAACCUGUCAUUGCGGACAUUCUUUCCCGCCACAAGGACGACUGUGUGUACGCUAUGGUCAGUCACGACGAAGGGCCACGAGAGGAUGAGGCUUGGCGAAAGAACAUGGAGCUGCUGAAGAGGCUGGUUGUGGAGAGUGGGCGUCGUCGUCCUCGAUGGAGCGGCGGUCGCCAUGGCUAUGGCGGCCAUGGCGAUGACGAAGGGGUGCAGACAGGAGGAAGCAGCAGCAGCAGGAUUGAACUAGCCGGACCGUGCGGUUUCUCCCUGGGUCUCAAUGGUCCCACGGUCCGUGUCUUCUUCUACUUCUUGGAACUCGUGUCCUCUGCUUCUCACCGGAGUCGCACUCUCCCUCCAGAAGAUCCACUCUCAGGAGGAGGUUAUGGCUGUCCGCCGGUGACAUAUCCUCGGCCUGGUGUCACGGAUGCAGCUGAACGAGAGGGAGAAGGAGGAGGAGGUGGAGGUGGAGCAGGAGGAGGAGGAGGAGGUGGAGGAGGUGAUCCACCUCCCACGACCGCUGUGAUUAGAUUCUACCGGAUGGGUAAACUGGUUUACGACGACGUUGUGGCACACGUGGAGAGGUUUGCCUCGCUGGCCAUUGUGAGAUGCGGCCACGUGGAGCCAACCUCGAGGCUCAAUGAUGAUGACGAUGAGGGAAAGACGAGCGCGGAAGGUAGGGUAGGUGGUCCCGAUCAGACCUCCCCUUUGCGAAUCCGGUGUCCUGGGGCAGUAAGCGGCAACUGCCAGGCGUCGCCGAGGACCUGGCAUUGUGAAAGAUGCACUGCUCAAGUCGAGUACGGCUGGGACGGGUACGUGUACUGUGAUUGCGGGCGCUCCCCGCUUGCGUCUCUGAGCUUCCUCUGCCGAGACGAUGCGCACGGUGAGCCGUACAUGCGGUACCCUACGCAAACUGACCUCGAUAGGGAGGUGACCCGGAUGCAGAAGAGCAAGGAGAUCAACAUUCUGCUGCUCGGGGAGACGGGAGUGGGCAAGUCAACGUUCAUCAAUGCCUUCGCUAACUACCUGAGGUUCGACCAGAUGAGGGACGCCCGCGAGGACCUCAUUGUCCUCAUACCGGCACAGUUCACGGUUUGCGGGGUCGACGAUUACAGGGGGACCAAGGUAAGCAUUGGCAGGGGGGAUGCGAACGAGGAGCAGGAGACGGGGAAGUCGUGCACGCAAUCUUGCAAAGCCUACGUCUUUUCCUACGGGGAGCACAGGAUUCGCCUGAUCGACACCCCUGGAAUAGGAGAUACGCGGGGGAUCGAGCAGGACAAGAAGAACUUCGACAACAUCCUGCGGUUUCUAGGCCAUCACACGUACGUCCACGGCAUCUGCAUCCUGCUGAAGCCUAACAACGCGAGACUGAACGUGAUGUUUCGCUUCUGCAUCAUGGAGCUGCUCAGCCAUAUCCACAAGAGCGCUAAGGACAACAUCGCCUUCCUGUUCACCAACGCCCGGUCCACGUUCUAUCGCCCCGGAGACACGAUGCCGCCGUUGAUUUCAAUGCUGGACAAGGUCCGCGACACCCCUCCGAACGUGGACAUCGAGGUUAGCAAGCGCACCAUUUACUGCGUGGACAACGAGUCCUUCCGCUUCUUGGCAGCCGUGAAACAGGGGGUGACAUUCACCCCAGGGCAGAUGGACGACUUCGCGGAGAGCUGGGUGGUGUCGGUGAGAGAGUGCAGGCGACUCAUGGACCACAUUCUGAGUCUAACACCCCAUCAAGUGCAAGACACGGUGUCUGUGAACGAGGCACGGCGGCUCAUCCUUCGGCUUUCGCGGCCGCUGGGUGACAUCAGUCGACUCAUUGAGAUGAACAUCAAGGUCAUCGAUGAGAAGAUGGCACAGGACGCCUCCUCAAGCACCACCCUCGAGGAGCUCAAACAACAUCUCUUUGUCCCCUGCAUGGACAUUGAGUACAAGAACCUAGAUAAGCCUCACACGGUGUGCGCGGGCCCCAGCUGUCGGGACAUGGUUACCAUCGCCGGCGUUAACAAGUACGACUACAAGACCCGAUGCCACAGACCUUGCUAUCUCAAGACUGUGGAGGUGGAUACCCUCAACACCCCCGCUCUCCGGGAUUGCUCCAUGAUGAGGAGAGACGGCAAAUGCAAGAAGUGCGCCUGCGACUGGUCGGUCCACCUGCACGUCAUGGUAGAGACGAAGAUCAUCAAAAUGGACAAAAGAGACGACAAGAUCGACAUGAGGAUCCAGACCGAGGAGCAGGCGAGAGCCGAGCUGAAGAGGAUCGUGGAGGAGAUGAAGACGAGGCAGGAGAAGAUGCGCGCCGAGCAGAAGGCCAUCUACAAGACCAGCGCCAGUUUCGCCAUGUUCCUCAAACACAACGCCAUCAGUCCGUACAACGACGCCACACUCGAGUACCUCAACCACUUGAUAGAGGAGGAGAGGAACCUCCGGGCUGCGGGGGCGAACAACACAAAAAUUCUACAAGGAUUAGAGAGACUGAGAGCAGACUACGAGGAGGAGGUGAAGAUCCUAAUGGCAGCGAUGAGAGGUAACGAGUCUGGAAGGGGCCACGCUGAGGACUCCGGUGCUGUAGCUUCUGUCGAGGACAUCCAUAAGAGCAUACAGAGCCUUUACGAUCUCGAGCUCUACGGUGGGAAGAUCAGGCAGGCAAUGGAGGAGAUUCAGAAGGCACAUGCUCAACACUUCGCCUACAGGGAAACGGUAGUCAGGGCACCAACAAGGGGGCUGCUUAGCAGCAGGAGCGCCCAGCACCCCACACCAACCCGGCGAGGCGCCUACACUAGCCCAGGGUACCGCCAAGAGUUCUGGCAAAGAGAUGGCAGCAGCCAUAGUCGCGGCUCCUACCACGGGUAAGCAGCAACCUUCGGCGGGGGAGAGAGUGCCUUAGUAUGCUCGUAUCAUAUCAGCUACACAGC